GUGGAUGUGAGGUUGCCCGUCCUGGAGUGUGAUCUGAAUGCUGGUCUCACAGCCCUCGACCGUGAUGGUCUCGUUUGGGCCAUCGGCCUCCUGGUUGAUAUGCUCAUCUCAUGGCCCUCGACCGUGAUGGAUUCCUUGGGGCCCUCGGACUUCUGGUGGAUACGCUCAUCUCCCGGCCCUCGGCCGUGAUGGUCUUCUCGAGUAUGUCGUGAUACCUACACCUUUGUAGUCUUUCUCUUUUCUAUUCUCUCUCUUUUCUUUUCUUUCUCCUUUCUUUCUCUUUUCUUUCCUUUUCUUUUCUUUCCUUUUCUUUUCUUUUCUUUUCUUUUCUUUCUUUUUUCUUUUCUUUCUCUUCUUUCUCUUUUCUGUUGCCAAUUAUGAAUGUAUCUGCGCUUCAUACCGAACGUCAUUGAUAUCCUCGCUCGAGUCUAUCGAACUUCUUGGAAUGAUUCUAUUUACGUUGCUCAAUCAUGAAUGUCUCUGCGCGUCAUGCCGAACGUCAUUGAUCUCCCCGCUCAAGUCUAUCGAACGGAUUUGAAUGAUUCUCUUUACGUUGAAUGAUUCAGAACAUCGAACGGUAAGUGUCGUACGCCAUAGAGGAACGGCUUAGCUAGUUGAUGAUCGGCGACAGGCUGGAGACUGAGGUUGUCUUUCCUUGUCAUCAUCGCCAGUUUGCUCUAACGGGACCUUCUAUCCCUGCCAGACGGAAAUUGGUUUGGUCUUGGAGCUAGGUGGUGUUGUGACAGAAUUCUGGGCGCCGGCGUGCCGGGAAAUUCCCGUUCGGCACAGAUAUGAGGUAUGUAGACCCCAUCUUCCCCUGACAUUUCACAAAGCUAAACCAUACAUUCUCCCAGAAUCUUUCCCGCUUGGGAACGCAACAUUGUGGGUGGUCCGGUGUAUUUGUGUGUUUACCCUUAGUUAUCCUGUGUGCUAGAGCUAAGCUUGGGGCGCCUUUCUAGUCGGGAAGACUUUUGAAGUUCUCAUUCGGGUUGUAAAUUACAGGUGAGUUUAAGGAGAACGUGCCGACCAGGGGUCGCUGUCUGGUUAUGGCCAUGAAUGUCGGGGAAAUCAAGACCGUUCGGGCAAGGGGCAUGGCUGUUUCUUUAUGACAUCUUUUUUUAUCUUGUGUUGUCUUGGCCGGGAUGGUGAAUCUAUCAUCUUGAGUUAUGUUAACCUGCCGCCAUCGGGUAUGACCAGCCCUCUCCGUGAGCUACCUCUUGGUUUGGGGUACAUUUGGACAUGCAGCCCUCGCCCGUUCAGCCCCCUGUAAGAGAUGGUGUACUGGUAGGCCCCUGGGAUUCCCUUCUCAGGAUAACUAUUAAUCUACCAAAUCGUCCAUCAUGGUGUCAUGUUCCCCACGUGAUAGUAGGAGGCCACUUAGCAGUUGGGGAUAAUGCGGGUCCCAUUCACCACUUGGAUCCCCUGCAGCUCUCUCCUCUGCUAAGCUCCCGACAGUUCUUCCUUGGUAGCAGCUGCCUUGGUGAAGCUACCUUGAGCAUCUUGGCUUACGCAGGUCGUCUAGCUGGAGCAUGGUCUGUGUUCUACCUCAAAUCAGGAACUCUUUGGUUGCUUUUCCCCCUGUUGUACCCUGGAAGGUUGCUGCUUCUCUCGAGACUGCUUUUUCCCUUCUAUGGAAUCAUUUUUUCCUCCAUUUCUCCUGAAACUGGUAGCUUUUCCGCAUCCACUUUUUCCCAUGGAGGGGUGUUUUUCAAACUUAUUUCCCAAACUAAGGUACUUUUAAACUUAUUUUCCAAGUAGGGGUAUUUUUUGCCAUGUCACCUCAUUAUCACUGCUGGGCGCCACAUCAGCUUAUCCACAUCAUCUCAUCAAUUCCAUGUCAUCAAUUUUGAGAGUUUAAGUGUUUUUCUAAAAUAUAGAAAAAAAUGAAGCCAACAAGAUUCGAACCUGGGUGGAACACAAGAGAGGCAUGUACGUGAACCACUACACUACACCAUUCAUUUGUUAACAAAUGUCUUUUAAGAAGUAUAAAUCAUGUAUCCUUCACCCAUGGAGUGCACUAUUUCUUAAUCACAUGUAUUAUUCGUUCCUUCAGAAAUAUCUCUUUACCAAACAAUAAAAAAUGUAAUAAUAAAAAACUGAAUUUGAGUUAUUCAAUUAAAAAUCUUAUUAAAACUUAUAAUAAAAACAUAAUUUGCUAAUUUAAUUUGAAAAAUAAAGAAAUAUUUAACUUAGAAUACAAAAAAUUAAUUUAAACUUAAUUAUAAUGAAAAAACACAAUUUGGAAUAUGUAUUUUUUUUAAAUAUCUUAGCUUCAAAUGAAAUAAAAUCAAAUAAAAUAUAAGUCAUAUUUCUAAGUUACUUAUUGCAUGAAAUUUACUUAUUUUUUAUUUUAUUUACUUUUGAGUUAUUUCAAAUAACUUUUAAAUUAUAAACUUCAAUUUUUUUUUAUAAAUUUAAAUUACAUUUUUAUAGAAUUAAAUAUCGCAAACUAAGCUUUUCAUUGUGAUUAUUUCGUUAUAGCAGCUCAACUCUUCUCGACUCGGUUCAUUUUUAUAGAAUUAAAUACUAGGUUUGUGAUAAUUAAAAAUAAAGACUUAAUUAAAAUUUAUUGUUACUAAAUGUUAUGAAAGGCUCUAACCCACCCCAAUUUAAAAUCGGAUACUAUUCAUGUCAAGAAAAUCAUAUAAUAUUUAUCUAAGAAAGAAAAAACUUGAUAAAUUUAUCAACGAAAAAUGCUUGGUUCCGAGGCGGAGUAGAGCUGAGGCUAAACAAAAUUGAGCUGUUAGAGAAUUUUCAUAAAGAAAAAUUUAUACGAUAUUUUACAUUAAUAUUAAAUCUUUUAUAGAAUUUAAAGUGGACUAGCAUGAAAUUUACUUAUAUUUUCUUUUAUUUUAUAAGUUUUUUAUACGAUAUUUUAUUUUUACUUAUAUUUUAUUUUAUUUUAUAAGUUUUUUAUGCGAUUAAGAAAUAGUGCACUCCCGGGGUGAAGGAUACAUGAUUUAUACUUCUUAAAAGGCAUGUGUUAACAAGUGAAUGGUGUAGUGUAGUGGUUUACAUACAUGCCUUUUUUGUGUUCCACCCAGGUUCGAAUCUUGUUGGCUUCAAUUUUUUUCUAUAUUUUAGAAGCAGCUAAACUCUCAAAAUUGAUGACAUGGAAUUGAUGGGAUGAUGUGGAUAAGCUUAUGUGGCGCCUAGCAGUGAUACUGAGGUGACAUGGCAAAAAAUACCCCUAUUUGGGAAAUAAGUUUAAAAGUACCUUAGUUUGAGAAAUAAGUUUGAAAAACACCCCUCCAUGGGAAAAAACUCGUUCUUCCUUGGUAGCAGCUGCCUUGGUGAAGCUACCUUGAGCAUCUUGGCUUACGCAGGUCGUCUAGCUGGAGCAUGGUCUGUGUUCUACCUCAAAUCAGGAACUCUUUGGUUGCUUUUCCCCCUGUUGUACCCUGGAAGGUUGCUGCUUCUCUCGAGACUGCUUUUUCCCUUCUAUGGAAUCAUUUUUUCCUCCAUUUCUCCUGAAACUGGUAGCUUUUCC